AUAGUUGACAGAUCUUCAGAAAUGUCUUGCCACGAGUCAGACGGGUGUGACCGUUCUCCCUUCACCAGUGGAGACGCGGGGAUGGACGGCACCUGUUCCAGCAGCUGGGCAGUGGGUCCCACCGUGCCGAGUGACUCUCCUCAUCUGUACGAUAGUUCUGUCUCAUCUGUGGACCGGCCCAAGGAGCAAGUGCUCAGCAAUGGUGACGGCAUUGAGUUGCCACAGAAGGUCCUCUUCACUCCAGACCGCCUCAAUCUGGAUUGGACCCAGGUUCACCCUAUCGGUGCCGGACUAAAGAACAUGGGGAACACAUGCUUCCUCAACUCAGUGCUGCAGUGUCUCACCUACACGCCUCCAUUUGCUAACUUCUUGCUGACCGGCGAGCACUCUAAAACAUGUGACGUUCCGGGGUUCUGUAUGAUGUGUUCAAUGGAAAACCACAUCAUUGAGGUCUUUUCCAAAUCUGGGAAAGUCAUCAAGACCGUUAGUGUGGUUAAUGAGCUCCACUGGAUAGCACCGCACUUCGACAUUGGAAGUCAAGAGGAUGCCCAUGAAUUCCUGCGGUGCACAAUGGAGGCUUUGCAAAAGUCCUGCUUACCUGGAACCAAAUUGGAUAGGGAGACAGAGUCCACUUCUUUCAUCCAUCAAGUAUUUGGCGGGUACCUAAGGUCCAGAGUUAAAUGCUUAAACUGCAACGCAGUUUCGGAUACAUUUGAUCCAUUUUUAGAUAUCAAUCUGGAAAUUAAGCCGGCUUCAGGAGUCUCAAAGGCUCUGGAGGAGUUUGUUAAGCUUGAGCUGCUUGAAGGCGACAACGCCUACAAGUGCGCCGAGUGCAAUAAAAUGGUCACAGCCGCGAAGGGAUUUAGCAUCCACCGCAACCCCAAUGUGCUAACCCUCUUACUCAAACGCUAUGCAGACAACAGAGGACGCAAAAUUAAAGAGAAAGUAAAUUAUCCAGAGUACCUGGACAUGCGGCCGUUCAUGUCGCAGACUCAAGGAGAGGCCCAACUCUACAGCCUGUACGCGGUGAUUGUCCACUCUGGAUACAGCAGUCGCGCUGGACACUACUUCUGCUAUGUUAAGUCGAGCGAGGGUGAUUGGCAUGAGAUAAACGACGCCUCUGUGUCCGUCAGUGACAUCACCACCGUUCUGAACCAGCAGGCCUAUGUCCUGUUCUACAUAAACCAGCCUUCCUCUGCCAGCAUCUCCUCCUACACCUCUCUACCCCCCUCACAGUCUACCUCAGACGUCCACCCAGACACAGCGCUCCUGGUGCAGCACGGCCAGGAGGCUUCUGAGGAAUCAGACCAGGAGAACUGUGGUGCUCUGGAUGAUGGCAGCUUAGCUAAGUUUCACCUCAACAGAAACAACGGAACAGGAGGCAUCUUUGAGAAAUCUCCUCAAGCCACAUACAGAGAGUCAGAAAUGCACCAUCCCAACCCAGCGACCUUACUUACCCCGGCAGACCGCUCCGAGAAAACCAGUUCAGCUCCCAGACGGGACAACCGAGAACACCGCGAUAAUCAUCGCUUGAACAGGGAUAAUUUGUCUCUUCACCAUCGACACUACAGAGACUGGGACUCUGAGCGUCGCUAUGAGCAAACUGUCCACCACCACAGGGAGAGCUCCCGGGACAGGUCCCCUCACCAUGCCCACUGCCACCGAUCCAGAGAGGAUCGGGACUUUGAGCAGAGAGGUAACGGUCGAUGUAACCAGGAAGAGUUUCGUAGUCGCUGGAGGUGGAGGCAGGAGAGAGGCAAAUCCCGGGUAACGGCGGAAAAGAACAGCGGCAAGGAGAAUAACUCUUACCGCGACAGGUCGCCUCCCCAUAACCCCAAGAGGGAUGCUAAUAAUAAGAGGAAGAGAGAUAAGUCAAUGGACAAAGACCAACACAGAGAGAGCGGAAAUUCUGACGUGGAUUCAGAAAGAAAUGCUGAAAUAAAAAAGAAGAAGAAGGAUGAGGAGGCCAAGCAGCAAAGCCAAGGCGCCGCACAGAGGCCCAAGAAGAGAAGCCGCUUGGAACCUGAAAGCCGUAAGCGGAAGUUCUGUCACAUCGAGGACAGAACAUGCAUCGAUGAUUUUCCAACAGCAAAACGCCGCCACUGA